CCGGUCUCCGUAUGUUUUCAGACUCGAUUGUCAUGUGAGUCCUGUUGAGGAUUAACAUUUAAGAUACAUUUAGUCCUUAAGGGCGAAAUCAACAUUUAUAUUUUAUUGCACAGCCAAAAUGCUGUCCCGUUUAUUAAAGGAGCACCAAUCUAAACAAAACGAGAGGAAGGAGUUACAAGAGCGGCGGAGGCGAGAGGCCAUAGCAGCUGCAACAUGUUUAACCGAGGCUUUGGUGGACCAUCUCAAUGUCGGGGUGGCGCAGGCCUACGUCAAUCAACGGAAGCUGGACCAUGAAGUAAAGACGUUGCAGGUGCAGGCCAGUCAGUUUUCCAAGCAGACGGCCCAGUGGAUCAGCAUGGUGGAGAACUUCAACCAGGCCUUAAAGGAAAUUGGAGACGUGGAAAACUGGGCGCGAAGUAUCGAGAUGGACAUGAGGACAAUCGCGACAGCUGUUGAGUAUUUGCACAAAGGCCCGGUUCAGCCCUCCACCUCCUGAGCAAAUGGACGUCACUCGAAGCGAAUGGUCCUAUAUGGACAGAAGGACACUUUUAUUGGAGACAUUUCCAUCUGAUUUGUAUCCGCAAAGAACGGCUGCAGCAGCUGUUUAUUUCUGAAAAUAUCUGUUUUUCUAUCAUAUGAUUUCGGUUAUAGAAUAAAUAAAGUUAUGUUAUAAAUGC